AUGGUGGCCACCUGCCUGCACCUGGCCGGAUUUGUCUGCAGUUUUAUAGGGUGGAUCGGGGUGGUUGUGGCAACGGCCACCAAUGACUGGGUGGUGACUUGCGGCUACACCAUUACCACCUGCAGGAAGAUGGAUGAGCUGGGAUCCAAGGGGCUGUGGGCAGACUGCGUCAUGGCGACAGGUCUCUAUCACUGCAAGCCCCUCGUGGACAUCCUCAUACUGCCAG